AUGAUAGGAGCUAAUCUGAUUCCGUUGCCGGCGCAGUUUACCUCGCGGUCGGCAACUAGUAACCCCACUUCGCCCUCCAGCUUCACUGGAACACCCUCGUUCAGAGACUCUAUAGCCACCCUCCUCACCCGGUCGGCUCGGGACGUGUGUGUGGAAGAACCCAAACUCGGUCGUCGCGACACAAUUCUCAGAAAGCUGGCGGGCCCACGAGAACACGCGAAGCGAUUCCUUCGCCUACGGUCAUCUGGCGUCCCCGCGCCUUCACCCCGUCCCACCCCGCGCCGAGGUGUGCGACCAGUCUCGGAGAUUAUCCUGCCCCGGACGACAUCGAUCGAUUUAGAAUCUGAAAUGCGAUCCGACACAUCCUCCGCCACUGAGGUGAUGCCCCAGACGGUAUUAGCGGAUCCCGCCACUCCCGAUUUGACCACCUCUUUCACUCCGUUGCACAACGAAAAGAUUGUUGCCACUGGGAGUGGAAUCUCCGUCGGCAUCGCCCUCACCGAACCCGUCCUAUAUCUGCAGGGUUAUGACCAGCAUGACCCGAGCAGUAAAAAAUCCGCCAUUCUCCGUGGACAAAUUCAUUUGAAGGUCACCAAAUGUAUCAAAAUCAAGAAGAUUUCCGUCUGCUUCCGUGGCCAUGCCCAGACCGACUGGCCCGAUGGUAUUCCACCCAAAAAAAUCCAUUUCCACGAUAAGAAAGACCUCUUCACACACGGCGUGGUCUAUUUCAACCAUGGUGUCACGGCGCUUAUGCAGAAUGAGUAUGGCGCCCAUUACUACCAGCACGCCAAACCUAUCUCUGCGGUUCCCGGAAAGGAGGGAGUUACAAUGACAACCCGAGAGCUGUUCUCCAAUCGUAACUCUGCCACUUCCCUCGCCCCGCCUACCACUCGAGAAUCCAAGCGGUUAUCCCUGCAAUACAACCGGGGCCACUCGCGCAGCUUCAGCAAGAACGAGCCCCCGACCAACCAGAGCGCACCCCAGCGCAACUAUCGCAUGUUCCCUGCGGGCGAUUACCUUUACAGCUUCGAGUUCCCCAUCGACGGGUCGUUACCGGAGACUAUCAAGACUGACCUCGGAUCCGUGAAGUAUGAUCUCGAAGCGAUGGUGGAACGAUCAGGUGCGUUCCGGCCCAACCUUCUUGGAACCAUGGAAAUUCCUGUGAUCCGCACACCCGCCGAAGGCUCUUUGGAACAAGUCGAGCCGAUUGCGAUCUCGCGAAAUUGGGAAGACCAGCUUCAUUACGAUAUCGUCAUUUCUGGGAAGUCAUUCCCACUGGGUUCUCAGAUCCCAAUUGCGUUCAAGUUGACGCCCUUGGCAAAAGUGGAGUGUCACCGAAUCAAGGUUUAUGUGACGGAAAACGUUCAGCAUUGGACGGCUGACAAGAGCGUUCAUCGCCUGCAGCCUGCGAAGAAGGUGUUGUUGUUUGAAAAGCGGGCAGACUCUUCCAGCGUUAGCACGUAUCCCGGUAGCUCUAUGCGGGUCACCGCAGGAGGUGGUAUCGACUGGGAUCAGCGUGUCGCGGCCGCUUCAGGCCAAGAGAUCGUGGAUCGCAACCGAACGAAUCUGUUGGGCAACUUGUCCAAUGAUUCUGGUGUCGGUCCGACCGAGAUGGAGUUCAAUGUGCAACUGCCAAGCUGCCACGAAAUGAAAGGCCGGGAUGAAGGCCAACGCCUGAACUUCGACACCACAUACGAAAACAUCCAGAUCAACCACUGGAUCAAGAUUGUCCUCCGCUUGUCCAAGGUCGACGAAAGAGACCCCACAAAGCGAAGACAUUUCGAAAUCUCUAUCGACUCUCCGUUCCACAUCCUUUCCUGCAAGGCCACACAGGCCAACAUCUACCUUCCAGCCUAUAGCAGACCUGCCGAGGAUCCAGUCCCUCCCGCCCAGGAGUUCGAAUGCGGCUGUCCCGGCGCACCACUCACGCCCCGCGAGCCCACCAUCACUCCAGCCAGCUCAGACCGUGAAGACAGCAAUCCCAACCUCGCCAAAGUCGCGCGUCGCAGCUCAACCGGCCACAGCUUCUCGCGCAGCUUCACCAAUGGCUCGGGCGGACUAGCCCGACCCCCACAGGCACACCUUGCAACACACAACGACCGCGCUACCCCCACUCCGCCCCGCCCUAUGCAUCUCCUCCGCGCUCCCUCAUACGCUCCUCCCGCCUUCGAGGACGUGCCGCCCGCACCACCUCUCAUGACCCCACCCCCGGAAUACGCCACCAUCGUCGGCAAUGACCGCGAGGCCGUCCUCGAAGACUAUUUCUCCAGACUCUCGUUUUACGAAGAGAAUGAAGACGACGAUCGUGGACGUGCUCGUGUGGAUGUUCCCCUCACUCCCGGUGGUCGAAUCAACCGCAGCAUGGACGUACCCCGCGAAUGGGUGCGGAUCGAAGACUAUUUCCAAUAA